AUGUACUCGAGAAGCACCACAACUUCACCGUUACAAGCAGCUAUGAGUAUGACAGCAUGGGAAUCCCGAAGGACACAGGGCAAGACGUUCCGACCCACAUUGGAGGAGGUGUACGACCCUGAGGUGAGUAGACAGCAAUUUCGGCACUUUCAGGACGCUCAGCCAGGAAAGGAGUACCUGCAUCAGCAGCGUGGUCUGGAGCCAAGAAGCGGUCAACACCACUGGCAGGAGCAGACAAGUUCCACAGAGUACAAGGUGUGGAAAUACGGGAGGAGGACAAGGUCCUGCGCCCACCACCUCCACCACCAAUGGAGUGAGGUGCAUGCCGCACAUGGGGCCUCUCCUCUCUUUAUUGUUUGUGUAUACGUCCACAUUAUUUUGGGGGGUUCCAUACGAUGA